UACUCGGCGCCAAGCGAAAAAUCAGUUUACAACGGAAAGCACAAAGCGACGGUCGUUAAAAUUUACACAAACUACGGGAAAAUAAAUAAAAAAUAAAUAAAUAAGUAAAUUAAAUAAAAAUAAAUGAAAUCCCAAGCAAAAGAGAAUUUAACGUAAAUUUUGCUUGGUUACGAAAAAAGGUGUUGGAAUUCCCCUGAGUGUGUUUGUUGUGUGCAUUAAAUUCCACGAGUUGCCAAAGAAUUUGGCCAGCGAGGCUAAUAAAGCGAUACGUGUCCUGCGCGAGGCAAAAUCCGCCCCAAAACCCAGAAGCUAAGCCAACCCAAAGUUUGACGUCGGCGGUUCGUUGGAAAGGCCAAGACAUAGAGUUAAUUGCCAACGUUGAUGGCUGCCACCAAAAUCAUUGAUGCACCGCGAAACGGCCACGAAAUGGCGCCACUGAACACGAGAGCGCGGGGCGACGGCACCCAUGGGGUGACCAUUGUCCUCACUGCACCGCAGCGCAAUUCGGUGCAAUCGGUGGAUAUACCUGGCGAGCCAGACCGCGCGGCCUGGAGUGGCAAGAUGCAGUUCUUUCUCAGCAUCAUUGGCUAUUCCGUGGGCCUGGGCAACAUAUGGCGCUUCCCGUACCUCUGCCAGCAGAACGGCGGCGGCGCAUUUCUGAUACCCUUUAUGAUCAUGUUAGUAUUGGAGGGCAUACCGCUCUUCCUCAUCGAGCUGGGCAUGGGACAGCGCAUGCGCCUGGGCGCUCUGGGCGUGUGGAAUACCAUACAUCCCUGGCUGGGCGGCAUCGGCAUCUCCUCGUGCAUUGUGACGCUGUUCGUGGCGUUGUACUACAACGUGAUCAUCACGUGGGUCUUCUAUUAUCUGUUUAAUAGUUUUCGAUAUCCGCUGCCUUGGUCGACUUGUCCCACUAAUGGCACUGGGUUUGAGCUGGAGGAGUGCGCGAAGUCUUCGGAGACCACAUAUUUCUGGUAUAGAACCACCUUGGAUGCGGCUCCCUCGAUGGAUGAGCCCGGCGGCCUGAAGUGGUGGAUCGUCCUCUGCUUGCUGCUCUCGUGGACCAUCGUCUUUUUCAUUGUGAUGAAGGGCAUCCAGAGCUCCGGCAAAGUGGUCUACUUCACCUCGCUCUUCCCCUACAUUGUGCUGACCAUCUUCUUCAUACGCGGCAUCACGCUGCGCGGAGCCGGCGCCGGACUAAUGCACAUGUAUACGCCGAAGGUGGAGAAACUGCUGGAGCCGACAGUCUGGCUCGACGCGGCCACGCAGGUAUUUUACUCGUUUGGCUUAGCCUUCGGCUCGCUGAUUGCCUUCGGCAGCUACAAUACGCCCAAGAACAACUGCGUCCGAGACGUGCUGCUGGUGUCUGUCUGCAAUGCAGUCACUGCCAUCUACGCGAGUGUCGUCAUCUUUGCUAUUCUCGGCUUCAAGGCCACCGUCAACGUGGAUCGCUGUGUGGCCAGCAACACGGACAUAUUAGUUAAGCAUGCGCUGUUGCCCUUCAAGAAUGCCUCCAGCGAGGAAUACGAGGCAGUCAUGCAAAAGAUCAAUGGAACCGAACUCGAUGCACUGCAUCUCAGUGAGUGCAGCCUGUCCAAGGAGCUGGACAACGCCGCGGAAGGCACCGGCUUGGCAUUCAUUGUCUUCACUCAGGCUAUUGUGGAGCUGCCGGGCGCACCGUUCUGGGCGGUGCUGUUCUUCACCAUGCUACUGUCGCUUGGGCUGGGCUCACAGAUUGGCAUUCUUGAGGGGAUGCUGUGCACGUUGUUCGACAUAGACAUCAUCAAGCGGGUUAAGAAACAACAUGUCACUGGUGUGGUAUGUCUAUUCUGCUUUAUUGUCGGUUUCAUCUUCUGCACAGGUGCCGGUGAAUAUUGGCUCAAGAUGUUUGAUUCUUUUGCCGGUACAAUUGGCUUGGUUGUAGUCGCCCUAAUGGAAAUGAUAGCAGUCAUAUUUAUCUAUGGCCAUGAGCGCUUCACCGAGGACAUCUAUCAGAUGACAGGCUAUAGACCCGGAGUUUACUGGCAGAUGACCUGGCGCUAUAUUGGUCCGGUUAUCAUGGUCUGCAUUUUGGUCUCCUCCAUAGUCUUUAUGGUCAUUCGCAAUCCGACAUACGGUGCCUGGAAUGCCGAAAAGGGUAUUGUUGAACAGAAGGAUUAUCCGAACUGGGUCAUGGGCAUUGCCCUCGCCAUGAUCUUGGCUGGUGUAUUGCCCAUGCCCAUUGUGUUCCUCAUGCGCAGCUUCCAGUGCCUCAAAGUGGAUCUGGACAUACACCAAGGCUCCAUCAGGCGCAAUGAGACAACCGCCUCAACUAAGGAAAUGAUUGACAACGAUGACGACAAUUUGAGUCCGGAUAUGCCACCGCAAGAUUUAUUAGCGGCCACACGCUUCACAAUUGGAGACUUUGAAAACUAGAAACUGAAGUACUAAACACAUCCAACAAGAUACCUAACCUUAAACUUAACUAACUCAAAAAGUAGCCUCCCACAAAAAUAAAAAAAUAAAAGAACUAAGAUGAAAAGAAUUGACAAACAGUAACGCCUGACACCCACGCUGUGAGGAUAAAUUUCACGCGCCGUCUGCCUGACUACAAAUACCCUACAAAAACAAAAGCCGCACUCACAUUACGUAACAAUCCGAACCGAUCCGCAUUCGCCACUAAGUAAACUAUGAAUACUUUUAAAGACGCACAGCCAAAACUUAACAGUAGCAAAAGAUAAAUUAAAAAAAAAAAAGAAAAAAGAAAACAAAAACAAUCGCAAUGCCAUUUAAAUGUAAUAGAGUUUGAUAAACAACAAGCGAUUAACUUCGAUAACAAGUACUCGUCAGCGCCUUCUUUACAAAGAACAAAAACAAA